AUGUCGUCCAUCCCUCCCACCCACCGCGCCCUGCGUCAAGACGUCUACGCCCUGCCACCGACCGUGCAACAGAUCCCAACGCCCCAAGCAACGCCUGGCUCCGCAGUUCUGCGCGUCCUCCAGGCCUCGGUGAUCAGCUACACGAAGGACAUCUACAACGGGGUGCGCAAGUACCCGUACCCGACGCCUUUGACGCUGGGGGCGAGUGCGCUGGCGCGCGUGAUGGCGCUGGGACCCGAUGCCACGACCCUCAAAGUGGGCAACCUGUGCCUGCUCGACGUGACGAUCAGGGGGCGCGACGACGUCGAUCGUUCUGCGGGUGCCACCUUCCUCAGCGCCAUCGUCCAGGGCAUGACGCCCGCGUCGGCAAAGUUGAUGCGCGACGCCUGGCGCGACGGCACCUACGCCGAGUACGUGCGCUGGCCGCUGGAGAACUGCUUCGUGCUGGACGAGGACAGGCUCUUCGCCAAGCUUGGCUACCAGUUGGGAGAUCUGAUGUACAUCCCCAAAAUGCUGGUCGCCUACGGCGGCCUGGGUCCCUUGUGCAUUGAUCUCAAGCCCGGCGAGACGGUUGUCGUGACUCCUGCGACAGGCGGAUUUGGAUCCGCCGCGGCGCAUCUGUGUCUUGAGCUGGGCGCCGGGCGGGUGAUCUGUAUGGGGCGCAACCAGGAGAUCCUGGCGCAGUUGAAGAGGGCAGUCGCUCCGGAAAAGAGGGAUCGGGUCGAGUGCAUCCCUCUCACGGGAGACUGGGAAGCCGACUUGAAAGCGCUGAAGAGUCUCGGCGGAUUGAUUGACGUCUUUUUCGACAUCUCCCCUCCCGCCGCGGCGGACUCGAGACAUCUCAAGGCCGGGAUCUUCGCGCUGAGAAACGGCGGCAGGAUGUGUCUCAUGGGUGGGGGCAAUCACGAUCUGGUCCUGCCGAACGGCGUGCUGAUGCAUAAGGACAUCACCGUCAAGGGAAAGUGGAUGUACGAGCCCACGGACGUGAAGCGGCUGAUUGCCCUUGUGGAGACAGGGCUUGUCCAGCUGCACAGAGAGGCAGAUGAUGUCAACCCGCUGGGUGCGAGAGUCGUGGCGAAGUUCAAGUUGGAGGAGUGGGAAGAGGCAUUCGACACUGCCGAGAAGCAGGGAAGAAGCGGCGGCAUUGUUGUGAUUGAGCCAUGA